GGCAAACCGAGGUUCGACGCGGUAAGUUCUUAUUUUGCUUUACACGUCGUGAACGAUGUCAGACGAGGACUCCAGUGGCUGGCAACUUACAGAAUCUGACCCUGGGGUGUUCACUGAGUUACUGAAGAGGCUCGGAGUGCCUUACAUCGUCGAUGACCUCUACUCACUUGACUCGGAAUCGCUGGCGGCGCUACAGCCUGUACAUGCUCUAAUCUUCUUGUUUAAGUGGCUUCCUGAAUCACCUGACAAUGAGCCUGGUGUUCGCGCUGGUCACUAUGAUUCAGAUUUCCCCGGAUUCUUCGCUCAUCAAACUGUGAACAACGCUUGUGCUACACUUGCCGUCGUCAACGCCCUGGGAAACAUUGCCUCUCUCCCUGCCGGACCCCAGUUUAUGGACCUCAUGAAUUUUACUACAGGCAUGGACCCACAGACAUGUGGGAUGGCUAUCACAAGCGCGGAUUGGCUUCGAGAAGCUCAUAACGCCCUUUCUCCACCUAGUGCUAUCUCACUAGAUGGUCUCGACCUUCCGAAGAAGAGCGAAGAAGCCUACCACUUUGUCGUAUACCUUCCGGUACUGGGGAGUCUGUAUGAACUUGAUGGGCUGAAACCUUACCCAGUGCGGCAUGGGGAAUACGACGAAUCCGGAGAGGGAUGGGUUAAAAAAGCAAGGGAAGUUAUCGAGAACCGGAUACACACCUACCCACCCGGAGCACUUGAGUUCAGCUUACUCGCUCUUCGAGAUGACCCAAUACCUGGAAUGAGAAGACGUUUAGACGCUUUGCAAGGUACAGCAGGGGACGCUGAAUUGAGUGAUCUUAUGAAUAGACUUUCCAAUGAAAACUCCAAGCGCGAGCGUUGGGCAUUUGAAAACAGCUCGCGUCGCCAUAACCACAUCGGCCUUGUGCAUGCUUUGUUAUUGGCUCUAGCAAAGGCUGGAAAGCUUGACUCGGCAAAAGCAGAUGCGCAGAGAGUGAUGCAAGAGCGCUUGGAGAGGCAAAGAGCGACGCAUUCCUAGAGCGUACGGACAAAGAUUAAUGUAUAGUCACAUGCAUUGAGUACACCUUAAUCCCGGUAUCAUCAUCGCUUGCCAAGUUUGACUAGUGAUGACAAUAGAGCUCUCUUGGUGCCCAGUGUGAAUAAUACUUUCAUUGAUCUCCUCGAGUUCACGUACACAAGUUUGUUCCUGAACAUUUUUCUUGCAUUAUUCUUA